AUGAUGAGAGCUUCAUUGGUGAUAAUCAUAGAUGAUGUUCCAAGAGAUGGGUUUAGCACAAAUGCCCGUCUAGCUCAGUUGGUAGAGCGCAAGGCUCUUAACCUUGUGGUCGUGGUUCGAGCCCCACGGUGGGCGGUGUUUUUUAUAGUUUUGCCCCUCAGACACGUGUUAGUUAUUGUAAUCACACAUUCACCCCAUUAUCCUUGGCUUAUGUCCUGUGUUACUUUUUUACGUCCUAGUUCCCAAGCAUCGUCCAUGGCCUCUUUUCGAGUAGCAACACCGUCCCUUCUAUUUUGCCUGUUCUUCUUCUCCCCUCCUUCUUUUUUGGCUACCAGACCGUUCGGCUCAGAUUCCAGUAAGGUCUCACUUGUUCUCUACUACGAGUCCCUGUGCCCGUAUAGUGCCAAUUUCAUAGUCAAUUACCUGGUGAAGCUCUUCGAAGACGAUCUCAUCUCCAUCGUGGAUCUGAAGCUCGUCCCUUGGGGCAAUGCCAAAAUCCUAGGCAACGAUACCUUCAAAUGCCAGCACGGUCCAUAUGAGUGCUUGCUGAACACUGUUGAAGCCUGUGCAAUUCAUGUCUUGCCUAAGGUGGAUGAGCACUUUCCUUUCAUCUACUGUGUUGAGAGUUUGGUCUACCAGCACAAAUACGCUCAAUGGGAAUCUUGUUUUGAGAAAUUGGGAUUGGAUUCAAAACCCAUUUCUGAUUGCUAUAGCAGUGGUUUUGGUAAAGAGCUUGAACUACAAUAUGCUGCUGAAACAAAUGACCUUCAGCCUCCUCAUGAAUACGUGCCUUGGGUAGUUGUGGAUGGACAACCACUUUAUGAGGAGUACCAAGACUUCAUAAGCUACAUCUGCAAGGCUUAUAAAGGCACUAAAGUACUCAAGGCUUGCAGUGAACUUUUCCUUGAUGCCAUGCAAAAGGGGGGAGGAAAUAAGCAUUUUUACCCAGUGAGUUACAAAGAAGAGGAUGUGAUUUUAUCAUUAUCAGCCCAGAUGCAACAGAUGAAGAUGGCAGCAUCAAUGUAGGGAGCUUGAGAUUACAUAUACUGUUUGACUUUGUUUAUCCCUGCUUUGGCAUGGCUUUUGGUUUGUUUAUAAUGACUGAAUCUCAAGUUGUUAGUAGGCAAUAUUCGAAGUAUGUAAAUGUUUCAGUGUAAUUAUUGAAUAUGUUAAAAGAGUAAUAAUAGGAGGUGACUAUAAAAUGAGAUUCAUUUUC